AUGGCACCCGGCCAGCUCGGAGAGUUCACCUACCGGGAUGGAGUGGCCGUGGUUCAGCUCUUCUUCUUCACCGUGUACCUGGGGUGUGCCUUUGUCCUUUGUUCACGGCAUGGAUGGAGCCGGGGCUCAGGUUGGCUAGUCUUGAUUACCUUCUCAUUGCUUCGAAUCCUCGCCGGGGCGUUUCAACUGGCAACGAUCAACAGCCCUUCGAGGACAACCUAUGGUGGCGCACUCAUCUGCCAGUCGAUCGGCUUGUCGCCGUUGACGGUGCUCAACAUUGCACUCCUGACGAGGGUUAACCGCUUCGUUAUCCAGGGCAUAUCCACCAAAAUCUUCUCCCUCAUCUCUCUCGCCUCCCUUACCGGCCUCAGCCUGGGCAUAUACGGUGGCACCAAGGCAGCCGAGUCCUCGAACCACAUCACCUCCAACAGCAUCGUUCAGGCAGCAGUGUGCAUAUUCCUGGCCAUCUACGUGUUCGCCGUCUGCCUAUGGGGCUACCUCCUCAGGCAGUGGAAGUACAUCCCUGCCGAGGAGAACAAGCUGAUGGUAUGUUUUGCCGCGUGUGCGCCGUUCAUCUCGGUGCGGCUGGUGUACGGGCUCCUCGCCGACUUCAGCGGGAUGAAGGAGUUCAACCCGUUCGAGGGGGACGUGACCAUCUUCCUGUGCAUGGCCGUGCUCAUGGAGAUCAUCGCGGUGGCGUUCUGUGUGUUCACGGGCCUGAGGCUGCGUGUGCUGCCCAAGGGCGGUGGGGGCGGCGGCAAUGGUGCCGGCGGGGUGUCGUCGGAUGCGUCGAGCGACAGUGAGAGAGCGCUACACGGAGCCAGGACCCCGGGCAAGUUCUGA